AUGGCAGCUCAUGCCCCGACUCCCAUCUCAUCUACGGGGUCCACCAGGUGCCCCCGCGACACGCUGUUCAGGCCGCUCUUCUUCACCCUCUCCGUGGAGCUAUUAGCGAGAGCAGAUUGGGAUUUCUUGGUACUAUGUAAAUUCUCUCUCGUACAAAUUCCCGUGCACUUUGCCCUAGUCGCUUGUCCAGUAUUGACAUCACAUUGCCACCCGACAGCCCGGACCGUUCUCUUCCCGACCCUGCCUCAUUUCCCGGAUCCCUUACUGCCUCUUCCACGAGCGGCGGCCGCGCUAGGUCCGGGCGCCGCCGGGACGCAGCCCCUUCCCAUCCCGCCGGCCUGCCUCAGACCAUACCGUCGAAGACACCUUCUCCCCGGGGCCCGCUGCUCCGCUCGUCGGACUCAGCCGCCGAACGCCACCUCCGCCAGGGAGGCUGCUUCUUCUUGGGCCGGCGAGCUAGCCGGCGCCGUGCCAUGGAAGGCCGCCGUCUCCGGCGCUCUUGCGCUUACACUGUCUUUUUCUUUCUUUGAUGGUUUGGUCAAUGCGAAGUCUGGGGCGAACAAACCAGAAUUGCUUCCCAAGGAGUUUACCACCGUCAUUGAUGUUGCUGGUUUUCUCUCUUCAGGCCAGGAAAAUCGUUUGCGUCAAGAGAUAGAAGACCUGGAGAAGGACACUGGGUAUAAAUUGAGAGUUCUUGCACAAAAUUAUCCGGAUACACCAGGAUUGGCUAUCAAAGAUUUUUGGCAAUUUGAUGACCGAACUAUCGUCUUUGUUGCAGAUCCCACCUUUGGUAAUAUUAUAAACUUCAACAUUGGUUCACUAAUUGAUCUAGACAUUCUGCAAAGCUUUUGGAGUCGUGCUUCAGGGAAGUAUGGAAACAUGUUCUACUGGAAAGGGAGAGGAUGCAUCAACGUGCUGUGAUGGCAAUCUCCCGCUGUCUCAGAGAGACCACGGGGGCAAAUAACUGUUCCGAGGUACUAUUCCAGAGGAUGAAAGUUCAUCACGCUAGGUCAAAACAUGACACACUGUUAUAUGUGUUUCAUCGAAAGAAAAAAGGAUAAAUCCAGCAGCAGAUGCUAUGUACAGGAUCGAAAUAUCUCAGUUUACAGAGCAACUCUUUGUACUUAGAAUUUUUCAUCCGGUCUUUGUACGGUAGAUCACCUGUACCGUUGGAUUCGUGCAUUUCUUAGUAGCAUUAACACCAGUUACCGACGAA